GUCAUUAGCCGAGUCGGCUGUCAGUCACUAUCUGUUCCUUCGCUUCAUGAAUGAGAGAUUGGACCUGGAUCUGGACCGAGCGUGAAGCUAAUAGUCAGCGCUACAUGUGCAAUGAUGAUGUUUUCAAAAUUUGGCAAAUUUCAGUCAACUCUUCUCAAUUAUAUUGCAUCAUCUGGAACUACAGGCAAAGAAUAAUGCACUACAUUGUCAACUGAAGCUCAAAAGCAUUCAAAUUACUUUGAAAAUAAGAUUGACAUCAGAAGACACUAAGGAUAUAUCAUCAGACAAUACAAUGAACCAUCAAGUGGAAUUCUGAAAGUGAUUAUUCUCAUAUUUCUCACCUACAAGAAUCACACAUUCUGGGAACUGUUUGAACGGUGGUACCAUUUACAGCUUAUUUGGAAAUGUCAAACCAUUUAACCGGAGAUGCUUCAUUCAGUUCCAGACAGGAGCUGCUGAAUUUAAAUGAACCCUGCUCAAGUGCUAACAACUUGGACACUCAAACAUCUACAGAAACCAACAACAAAAUACAGUGCAAUGGGACGAAGUUAGAAGACAGCUCACGCCAGUUUGCAUUAAUUCCAGGCAAAACUGAAAAUAUGUGCGGCUGGGGUUUUCUGAAGCCCAAAUGUUUGCAAAUGUUCAAUACACCAAAAGGAGUGCUCUUCUUCCUCUGUAGUGCUUCCUUUCUCCAAGGAAUGAUAGUGAACGGAUUUAUAAAUACCGUGAUUACCUCAAUUGAACGGAGAUUUGACCUACGCAGUUAUCACAGUGGAAUGAUUGCUAGCUCCUAUGACAUUGCAGCAUGUGUCUGCUUGAUUUUUGUCAGCUACUUUGGCGGCAGUGGCCACAAGCCACGUUGGCUUGGAUGGGGGGUUCUAAUCAUGGCUUUGGGAUCAGUAGUGUUUACCAUGCCACACUUUAUCUCUGGUCGCUAUGUGGUCACUAUAUCUGAGAACACUGGAUUCUGCCAGUCUAAUCAGUCUACCAUGUGUGACGAAGGUUCUUCCAGUUAUUCCAGCUACCGAUUUCUCUUUAUGCUUGGACAGUUCCUCCAUGGUGUUGGAGCAACUCCACUCUACACCUUGGGAGUGACCUACUUAGAUGAAAAUGUCAAGUCAAAUUACGCUCCUGUUUACAUUGGUAUUUUCUACACAGCAGCAAUUAUUGGACCAGCUGCUGGUUACUUACUCGGAGGCAAUUUCCUGAAAAUCUAUACUGAGAUCAACACUAAAGUUAACCUUACCCCCGAAAACCCGUUAUGGGUUGGAGCAUGGUGGAUUGGAUUCCUCGGAGCUGGAGCAGCUGCUUUCCUCAUAUCUAUCCCGAUCCUUGGUUACCCUCGACAGCUUCCAGGGUCACAACGUUAUGUGACAAUGAGAGUCUCUGAAGCUCAUCAGCUGAAGGAUGGAAGCAACGAAUCAGCGCUGGAGCCAGAUUUUGGGAAGACAUUAAAGGACAUGCCGAGGUCAGCACUGCUAUUGCUGAGGAAUCCAACCUUCAUCUUUCUCUGUCUGUCAGGAGCAACAGAGGCCACUCUGAUAGCUGGCAUGUCUACAUUUGGACCCAAGUUCCUUGAAUCCCAGUUUAGUCUGAGUGCCUCACAAGCUGCAACCCUAUUUGGCUACCUUGUAGUCCCGGCAGGUGGAGGUGGUACUUUCCUUGGUGGAUUUAUCGUGAAUAAGUUAAAACUCCGUUGUGCUGGAAUCAUCAAGCUUUGUCUGAUUUGUACGAUCUUUGGUUUGCUGGCUAUUUUCAUCGUCAGCAUUCACUGCCCAAACGUGCCUGUGGCUGGAAUCACUUCCACAUACAAUGGCAGUUUUUAUGAUGGUCCAGCUAAUGUGACUGCAGCUUGCAAUACUGAGUGUAACUGUUCAAUGGAACUAUAUAACCCAGUUUGUGGAGAAAAUGGUUUAAUGUACUAUUCCCCCUGUCAUGCUGGAUGUACAGAACUGAACACAACAUUGUUGGACAAUGGCAGAAAGGUUUACCACGACUGUCUCUGUGUUAUGGAGAACCUUCAAUCUGGGCAGGGUGCGGCACAAUCUGGAAAAUGUAACUCCUCAUGUACAUACAUGCCUAUUUUCCUGGUGCUAUUUUUUGUUUUGAUUUUCUUCACAUUUUUGGGCAGUAUUCCUGCACUCACAGCAACUCUGAGGUGUGUCCCUGAUAGCCAACGAUCAUUUGCACUUGGUAUUCAGUGGAUCUUGGUCCGUACUUUAGGUGAGGAUUCUUCACUAGCCUUUAAUGGUGGAAUUCCAGGCCCAAUUGCCUUUGGCUCCGUCAUCGACAUUUCUUGCUUGUUAUGGCAGGAUCAGUGUGGUGAUAGAGGCUCAUGUUAUAUCUACCAAAACUCAGCCAUGAGCAUGUAUCUCCUGAUUGCUGGAAUUACUUAUAAGGCACUGGGAACCCUGUUCUUUCUGAUAGCUUUGUGCCUCUACAAACCACCUAAUUCUGCACUGAGUAGUUCAAAUGUGGACAAUGGAGAGUCAGAACUACCAGCAAAAGAUAUGCCACAAAUGAUAGUAAACAAAGUAAUUACUUUGUAGCAGUUACAUUCCACUCAAACCACAUCUGUAUUUUCAUUGAAAGUGGAUGCUUGACAGUUUGCAUCAUUGCACGUCACCCAUCACUCAUCUAAGCAACCGGAAUUUUAAAACAGCCUUAGAAAUAUCUAGAUCAUACAGUUCCCUUUGUGGGUCAGUGAUGUUGGGACUGUGAAAGCCUGUUACAUUACAGACUUUCAAUCAAUUGCACACCUACAAAAGGUUUAAGUGUCGAUUCAAAAUUGACUACCACGUGUCAAUGAAAUGCAUGGCUCAGCCACAAAGCAUUCUAUUUCUGUACAACAAUUCAACAUAAAAUUAGCCAACAAAUGGACUGCUUUUAAUUUAGGCUUCUAAACAAGCCUCAAGAAGAUGGAAAUUCCAACAAAAAUUUCCACAGUAUAUGAACUUUUGAAUUCAGAGAAGGAGUAGCCAAACCAUCAUUAACUUUUACAGCUAUACUUAAGAUAUUUUGCUUUGUCUUUGUCACAUGUUAAAAACAGCUUACUAUUCUAUUUAUUGCUAAAUAAUUACCUCUGGGGAAAUACCAUUUUUUUAGAUAAAGGCCAUAAAUUUUGUUCCUGAGUCAGGUGUGCAGAAGCAUCUUGCUUCUGUGAAUCUGACCUUUAGAAAUGACAUGCACGCUCCUCAUGUUUGGUCCAAGGGAGCAGGCUUGAUUUGAAAGUCAGGUCAGGAAAGCAUCCUGAGGCUGUUAGUUUCUUAGAGGUUGCCGUUCACCUAUGGGCUCCAGCAGUAUGUCCAAAAAUUGAAAGAAGAAAAGCCCUCCAGCCAUCCUACACGCACACAGACACACAUGUCCCUCUUUGCAAUCCCAAGCCACGUAAUGCCCAAAGUUUGAUUAGAGAUGUGAAGGGCCAUAGGUAAUGAAUAGAGGGCAUUAGAUGGUAUGGGUGAUGGUGAGUGUAUAGGAGUGGGCAGGGUGAAGGCUAAGGGCUGGAAGAAUAUUUUGUAUUUCUCCUCUUUAAGAGAAAUAAGGUACAUUUUUGAUCUCAUCACACAUAUAGGGUGGAGUAUGGUUACACAUUUGCAAAACUAAGGCAGAAGUUCUCAGCCUUUUCAGUAUCAAGGCACACUUCCAUAUGAGAAACAAUUCUACAGCGCACUUUAUACCGCAUGUGCAGUAGCAAAACUUUACACAUGUGCAGCUCUGGAAGUUUGAGCAUGUGCUGUUGCUAGGGGACACAUGGGAUCAACAGAUACUGCCUUCAGUGAUAGACACCAAUGUUCCAGUGGAGAUCAGAAGCAUGCAUAUGGGCUGAGCACUCAGUUGAAGUAGCACUGCCUCUCAAAGUUUUCGGGCAAAAUUCUCACCUUGUUGCGGCGCCGUGGUUGAAGUACUCUUUUGGGCAAUUAAAAGAGCCCAUUGGUGGAAGUGAGGCAUCUGGAAAUGUGAAAAGGCAUGGUGUGUCUGAAAAAUGUAUAAACUCAUUCGGAUUAACAAGUUAUUAAGAAACUGUCCAACAAAAAUGUGCAGUUUAAAAAUAAUGGUGCUCAUUAGUUCAGAGAGCCGUUUACAUGAAACCAGGAUUUGUGUUGCAUGACUAAUUUCUCAAGUUAUUAUUUUUAAUAAUGGGGUGUGUAUUGAUGGACAGCUCCAACUGCUUAUUGGAUGGAAAUAGUUGUUGACAAAAGGGAUUAAGCACUUGGGUGAAUGUAUGUUUAUGUAAGACAUUGAACAUUCAAAUGAAAUGUUUGUUUUUGUACUCGAUUAUUUGAAGCAAUUUCAAUGUAAUUCUUUGCUAUUGAUGGGAGUGUCUUUUAUUUCAAUUGUGAUGUCAUCAGUAGACUGACAACUUUAUUUCUUUCAGAAUGCUUCCUGAUUUAUGCUUUUGUUGAUUAAUAGCUGAGUUAGCAAGGAGAAGGAAUGGUAACGGGUGAAAGCACUAUGUGAGCACAGGGUUUUUAAAGGGCUAUGAAGCACUGUGUGUGUGUUUGCGGGCAUAGGAAUAUGAGUAGCCACAGGAAAUGGAUAUAUUGGCAUGAGGGUGUCUGGGGCCAUGGAGGAUGUAUAGAUAUUUGCAAAGAGUAAAUGAGGUGCCAUGAAGGCUGAGUAGAUGGGAAUAAGGUGCCAUAGGGGAUAUGGGGGGACAUGAGGAUGGAAUCCAGAAUUUUCUCCACCUCUUGUACACCCCAUUCUAGAACAAAAGUAGGGGCCUUUGGGCCCUACAAUACAGGGAAGCCAAAACCCCACCUCAGUGGAGGCAGUGGGUGAUUUCAAUGGCAUUUGCCCCAAUAGAAUGUCCAAGAGCCCCUGGCAUUGUGGUAAUGUUUCUGGGUUUGUAAUCUAGAAGCCCAAAUUAAUAUGUGGCUUUUAAUCCCAUCAAGGGAACUGGUGAAAAUUUAAUUAAAAUGUAUUUGCACAAGACCCAACAUAAUUCGAUUGGGAAGUGCAACUUAUGAUUUUAAACUAUUUUCACCAUGGCAGAGAGGUCAUGCUUAAAAUUUCAGCCAAAGUUUUAACUGAAUGUGAACUUGAGUCACAAACAUACUUAAUGUAUUUUAGCUUAGAUUAAAUUAGGUUCCCUACUGAUAAUGAUAAUGGGAACUGCAAAUACUGUAGAAUCCAAGAUAACAAAGUGUGGAGCUGGAUGAACACUGCAGGC